AUGUCGACAGACGACACUAGGAUAGGCGAAUCUAGUCGAGCGGUGCACCAAACCGAUACCAUUGAUUCCAUAUUAACGACAACUACGACCCAUGGUGCACUGCCGAGACCUUCAUUGACUGUAGGAGGAAGAGCUCCGACGAACGGUACAGGAGCGCGAUUUCGUACCACCAAAGGAUCCAAACCGAAUCGAAUAUGGAGAUUCUUAAGGAGUGAGAUUCGACGACCAUCUGUCUUGUCGAAUUCUUCAGAGUCAGCAGCCACUCGACAUGACUCUUAUUUGGAGUCUGCGAGUCCCGCCACUCAGGAUGCACUACGUGUCCUUGGUCGACUCCGGACUCGAAAGAGUCAUCGAUCAGGCACGAGAAGGACAGAGACGUCGAUAGGAGCUCUGGUGGAUGACUUGGACGAGAAGGAUGAUGGAGAUCCAGUCGAGGUCGUUGUCAUCGACAAUGACAUGUCGGAGGUCGUCCACAGUGGAAUACUUGCCAGACAUCAUUCGAGAGAUACGACGAAUGGUGGAUACGCAGCUUCAGAUGGAACGGCAAGCGAUGGUGGGCGUGGUGCAGGUGGCGGCGGCGGCGGCGGCAGAGUCAGAUCACUGAGGUCAAAGACUUCAGCGACGGAUCUUUAUGCUGGCAGAAUGUUCAGCAAGGUCAAAGCCUUGUGGGUGUUGGUUCACUAUUUCUUCGACAUGAGAUUUGCCGAAGAGUCAAAGGAGAGGACUUAUAAGAGAGAGCACUACUAUGGUCAACGUCAAAUGUCCCUCGCCGCGGGCGCCUUUUUCCUCCUCAUGUGGGUAUGGUGUUUAGCUUUGACCCCACAUCCGUGGCAAACGUACCACUACAUUGGAUUUGUUGGAGUCUGGGGAUUCUUCACAGUUCCCUUACUCGUCUUCAUCCUGAUCAAUCUGCCAUAUCGAACCCCAAUAUUUUGGCAAAUCUGGCUAGCCCUCGCGACAUGGAGUCUUCCUAUUCUAGGGCUAAUCGGACUCAAACGAUGCUCUAACGUCGACAACAUCGAUGCGCCUGUCGCCUGUAGCACUCAGACAGACUUCAUCGUCUUUGCAAGCGCUAUCGGUCAAUCUACACUGGCAUUACUGGCUCUGGGUCAAAGCCGAUUCAUCGCCUCCGUAGGAUUCGUCACUUGGUUCGUGGUCAUGGGCAUCUUUUACUUUGGACAUGUGGGAAGUGUGGCAUUCUACAGAGAUUCUAUCUAUUACUUUAUCUACCAUGUCUUCCUUAUCAUGCUCCAUUUCAUCUCCGAGAAGAGUUCGAGGCAAACGUUCGAGCUCAGAGAACAGCUCAAGCUGCAGUACAAAGCCACUCAACGGGCUCAGGUAAUGGAGAAGAAAGCUUCAGACUUGACAAAGCGAUUCGUUUCAUACAUCUUCCACGAAGUCCGAGUGCCUCUCAACACGGCUUUGCUGUCGGUCCAAAAUCUGGAAGGCGAGAAUCUCUUCGACGACUUUUCCCUCGACCAGAAGGAGAUGGUUGAGGGACUUACGGGCAGUCUAUCAAUGAUGGAAAAGGUGCUCAACGACGUACUCUCCUUCAAUCGGAUGGAGACUGGAACUUUUACUCAAGCAAAAGUUCCCUUCGACCUGCACAAGUCCAUCCAACUCACCGCCAUGUCCCACACAGCACCGGCGAAUGUCAAAGGCAUCAGCCUGGUAAUGGAUCUUGAUCCGAGGAUUGAUAGGCUUGAAUGUCUAUUUAUCGGUGACGAGAUGCGUCUAAGGCAGAUUACGAGCAAUCUCGUCUCGAACUCUAUCAAAUUCACUCAGGAAGGAGGCGUCAAGAUCGUCACGAAGCUGUUGUAUCCCAAGAUGGAUCCCUUGGAGUCAACCUCUAGCGCUGGAAAUGGAUCAACGAGCACGGACCCUGAAAAGGGAAGUGAAGUCGUUGAGAUGAGGCGGAACACACGGGCAGUUGUCGUGAGGAUCGAGGUUCACGACACCGGUGCAGGGUUGAGGAAACGAGAUGUCGAAGACAACCGUCUGUUCUCCCCAUAUGUCCAGACGGAAAUGGGUCGCCGUCAAGGUGGUAAAGGCACGGGACUUGGUCUAGCCUUGAUCCGUCAAAUUGUGACCUUGUCGAAAGGUCGACUGGGUGUCAACUCUCAGUAUGGUAAAGGGAGUGAAUUCUGGCUCGAAUUACCAUACCCGAUUCUUCCUCGACCUCAUAAUCGAGAUCAAUCGACUUCGACGAACUCGAGCGAAGCGACAGCUGUCGAUUUGGAUGACGGCUUCGAAAAGGCUAUGAAAAGUGAGAAGGAGCACAACCGAGACCUUCACCAGCGUCACGUCACCCAGGUGUCUGAUACCGAUGAAGAGAAUGAUGUCCCUCAACUUCCCUCUGCGCCACCCAGACCGCCUAUCCCUAUGGAGCGGCAUAUGACGGCGGAACAGUUCCUCGUUUCUGAUCCAUUGGCACGAGACGGUCGAAGGAAUAGCGAAUCGAGGCAGAGUUUGAGAUCUCUCGUGUCGAGGCAUGAUCUAUCACGGACGACUUCGAGACACACCAUCAUACAUCCUGCUGCUGCUGCUGGUGCUGCUGCUGGGAUGCGCAAGAACUCGGGCACUUCUCUCCCGCUGACACCUGGGCCAGAUGACAGACCUAUCAUUGCGAUUCGACCAGAUUCUGUAGAAUUAAAGCGCGUCGCCUUUUCUCGAUCCAUCUCAUCGGAUCCAGCGGUGAGACUGCCAGGUGCUCCGGUCAGAAGCAAUCCUCCUUCGCCCAGAUCAAAAUCACCACUUCGGCCUUCUGUCCUGGGUGACUCCUCGCCUUCGGCAGUCACGGUCGUGGCUUCUCCGCAACCCCUUGGCAUAAACGAGAUCUCCACCAGCCCAUUGGCGAAUCGGACUCCUAGCCCUGCAUCGCAUGGCCAGACCAAGACUCACGAUUACGCCACGGGGAUCAGGAGUAUUUCGGGAUCUCCAGCAUUAUCACAAGAGCCACAAAUUCCAGAGACCAAAGCUGUUCCCGAAUUUAAAGAGGAGGACGACGAGGCGCUCGACGUACUCGUGGUAGACGACGACAAGCUCACUCGGAUGAUGAUGGCUCGCAUGCUCAAACGUCUGGGCCACAGAGUGGAGACUGCUGAGAACGGUCAAAUUGCCCUGGACAAAAUCACCAACGCGUUCAACAUGGUUCUAGGUUCACCGCCAGUGGAUGUGGUCUUCUUAGACAACCAAAUGCCAAUGAUGACGGGUGUUGAAGUGGCACGUCAAGUCCGAAACCUAGGAUCUCCGUUAUUCAUCGUGGGAUGUACUGGGAAUGCUCUCCGACAAGAUCAAGAAGAAUAUAUCGAAGCUGGUGCAGAUCAAAUCUUGACGAAACCAAUCAAGCAACACAGGAUAGAAGCGUGUCUGGUAGAAGCGAGAAGAAGGAAGAGGAAUGAAACCGGACCAAACGAUCUGUUCAUGUCGAGCGAUGCGAGAAUGGGAGGCUUGCAGUCUCCAGGGAUAUAG